AUGGAUUCGACAGCCCGAGACACGGAGGUCUUAUUGUCUCGUGCCGAGUCCAUCCAUGCUGACAUCGAUCUCUAUUCCGACGGCAGCGACGCAGCAAAAGACUCCCUGGACGACCAUGACAACAUCAACGAUGAUGUGUCCGACGGCAAUGCCAAGCCUCCAUGUCUCUCUAUCCACUCGCAGAAAGCACUGCUCGUAAACCGUGAGCUGGAUGAGCAAGGCAUGGGCCGAUACCAAUGGAUGGUAUUCUUCCUCUGCGGCUUUGGAUACCUGCUUGACCUGCUCUGGGCGCAAGCGUUUGGCCUGGUGGUUAGCCCCAUGCAGAGAGAAUUCGGAUUUGACGAUACUCAGCUGGGGAAUAUCUUCACGGCAUUUUCAAUUGGACUGACGGCUGGUGCCUUGAUAUGGGGAGUGUUCGUGGAUUUACCUACCGUGGGUCGCAAGGCUGCGUUCAACUAUACCGUCUUGAUGUCAACGGCAUUUGGGAUCUGUCUUGGGAUUCCGGACAGCUAUGGUGUGGUCAUUGUGUUGACCGCCUUCACAGGUUUCGGCAUCGGCGGAAACAUCCCCAUCGACACGACAAUAUGUCUCGAAUGUCUCCCUCAGGAUCGUCACUGGCUCCUUCCAGCCUUAUCGAUAUUUCAGCCAGUGGGAGUAAUCCUCUGCAGUGGUUUAGCAUAUGUUUUUAUCCCAGCGUACUCCUGCGCGGAGAACUUGGUCUCAUGCAAUCGAGUGCGAGAUGCGGACGCUGUCGGGGCCUGCUGUGGCAGGGCAGACAAUCAAGGCUGGCGGUAUCUCAUGUUCACGAUCGGCGCCAUGACGUUUUCUGUUUUUGCGCUUCGCUUCCUAGUCUUUCGAUUUCAAGAGUCCCCCAAGUUCCUCAUCUCGAGUGGCCAAGACGAAAAGGCCAUAGAAGUCUUGCAGUACAUCGCCCGUUACAAUCAUCGAGAAUGCCGGCUCACUUUGGAAAAGCUCAUGGCCCUUGGUCAUGAGCAAGAUAUAGCUUCUUUGCCCCCAAACGCCGCCGAUGAUAUUGAAUCACACGCCCUGCUCGACUCCCCAAACACCAGCAAGCGCCAAUCCACCAAAAUCAAACAAAAACUAUACUCCGAGUUAUCACGACUCCAACACCUCUUCUCGACGCCAUCCAUGACACGCCUCAUCAUCCUCGUCUGGAUAAUCUACGGCUUCGACUUCUGGGGCUUCACGAUCGCAGGGUCCUUCCUGCCAACAAUCCUCGCACGCAAGGGCCAAUCCCUCGGCCUCUCCCUCACCGACACCUACCGCUCAUACAUCUACAUCUACAGCUUAGGCAUCCCCGGCGUCCUCGCCGGAACACUGAUGUACACACGACGCCAGUACCGACGUCUGGCACUCGUCCUCUCCUCCGCCCUGUUCGCCACCUGCCUCUUCGCCUUCACCGCCGUGCACGACCACGCAUCCUACAUCGCCGUCAACGCCCUCGUGUACUUCUUCCAGAGCAUGUUCAAUGCCCUGCUGUAUGCCUGGACGCCCGAGGCGUUUCCGCCCGAGGUGAGGGGCACCGCGUCCGGACUCGCGAGUUUCUGGGGCAGAAUGUUCAGUAUUGUUGCGCCCGUGGUCGCGACCAGGGUGUUGGCGAGAAGUCUUGAUGGCGUGCUGUAUCUCGCCGGCGCCAGUGUUUGGGUCUGCACGUUGGCCGUGCUGGCUGUCCCGGGGAGGUUCUUUAGCGGUCGCGAUUAUUAG